AUGCACAUUCUCUUUCUCUCUACACAACAUUUACCCCCCUCUUUUUUAAAUCACACACAAACACUUUUCUCUCAUACAUCCACGGGUUUCUUUCUUAGGACACAUAUCUCUAAUAGGAAACAUGUGCACGCCUCUCUCUGUAAACUCUUUUUCCAUUGCACCAGGACAGACUUUUUUCUUUGUUUUCUUUUUGGCUUUUUUUUUUUUUUUUCUUUUUCUUCCUUUUCUUUUUUUUCUUUUUCUUUUGGGGAAACCUUUUUUUUUUUUUUUCUUUCUUUUUUCUUUUUUUUUUUUUUUUUUUUGAAGAAAGAACCAGCAGAAUCUUUGCCAGAAACAGAAAAAGAUGAAACAGAAAUUGAAGAGGAAGAGGAAUCAGCCCCAACAAGAUCUGAAGCCAAUAAACAAUCCAACACAAAAGAAGACUCAAUAACACAGCAUGUAGAUGAAAUCAUGAAUGCAUACCAUCAGAUAAAUCAAGAGUUACAUGGCACAAACAAGAAAGUGGAUGCCACAUCUAAAGACGAACACAUCAAAACAAAGCCACAGAAUGAACCAAGCAGUCAGAUUUCAGAGCCCAAACCAAAAUUCACUGAGACAACUUACCAAUCACCAGAUAUCAUAAAAGAUCCCAUGCAGACUACACACACUGAUGUACUUCAGCAAGCACACCAGACUCACAGUCAAGAAUCUGUCAGCCUAACACAGGUUCAUGAUGACACAACAUCCCGCUUGAUUCAAUCAACUCCAGUAACAACCACAUUUACUUCUAAAUCUUUAUACACUGUAUUUGAUGGCACAACUCUUUUCGAUGGGGUGACACCUGGGAAUGAAGCUCCCCAAACAGCAACUGUUUCCAGGUUUAUCCCUGACCAAACAGCAACUGUUUCCAGGUUUAUCCCUGACCAAACAGCUUCAUCUGAAAGCUCCAGACCAGUGAGUGUUAAUAUUGAACCAAGUACAUCACCAUUUGUGACACCAAACAGUAAUUUUGACCCAAGCUCUGGACAAGAUACAGUUAUAAAGAAGACCCUAGCCAUGCAACCUGACCUUGAAAAUGUACCUAGUCGUGAAAGGCAACGUGAAGACAUUUCUAAAUCAAGUCAUGGGGACCCAUCGAUUGGGUUCUCUGGAAAGAGUGUUUCUCAGUCAACUAAACAACAUUCAUCAGCUGAGAUCACAGAAAAAGCAAAAGAUAACCUUACAACGCAUGAGUUUGGAAAUUUAAUGAAGUUUAUUGAAGUCUAUAUGAAGUCCAUUCUUGAUAUGUGUCCCACAGUAUUGCAGAACUUUUUGGAACAAGAGCUUUUUGGAAUUCCACCCACCCUUCUGCUCUUCUACAUCAUUUUUGCUAUCUCCUUCUCUCUUUUCUUUAUUGUCAUUUGUACAUGCUUCUCAAAUCCAACACAAAAACCCAGAACUGAUCCAGUAGUGAUUAUCCGGAAUCUUGAAGAAAAACUUUUUGUAAUCACAAAAGAGAAAGAAAAUCUGGAAGAUGAUAUUCAAGCAAUGAAAGAAAAUGUCAGUACACUGCAACAGAAUGUGGAAUUACAGAAAACAUCUACUGGGUCUGUUGAAAGUGAUUUACAACAUCAAAAGGUCAGUUGUCUUUUCUUUUAG